AUGGCACAAGUUUCUCAUCAGCCUCAGGAAGAUAGAUACUCAGUUGAGGCGAGAGUGAAAAGGUCGCCGGAACCGAUGCCGGAUAAACCAAAGGCGCCGGCUAAACCGGCCGGUAAGAAGAAUUCACCUCAAACAUUUCGCACCAUCUCCGAGGUAAAAGAUGAACUGAAAGAAUGGAUGGCUGACCAAUUUCGUACUAUGACGGAGGAACUGGUGGAAGCUAUAAGACGUGGCGGCGGCGAGAGGUGCGUUUCCAAAGUAACCGAGCAGACCUCUGAAGGGGGAUCUGAGAUGCAUCCGGAAAACAGGUCUGAAAACAUCCGUGCAAAUACAAAUGGGCAUUCUGAAGAAGGAGAGGACGUCCGAUAUAUGGACGUAGCGGAUGAGGAUGUCUCUGCUGUGAACUUGUUGGGCCCGACUGGGAAGGAAGGUAAAUCCCUUAGAAGGUCCGCUAGGCUUAAAAGAAAGGACAACUCAGUGGAUGGUUCAUCGGAUCUCCGGUUGCUUGACGUCUCCCGUCAAAUCACCGUCCCAAAAAAGAAACGGAAGGUCCAGAACGAAGGUGGUUCAUCCACGGAUUCCAAUGUUGACAGUCCGUCGACUCCUAACCCUCAGCUUACUGUGCACACCGACCAGAUCGAAAUAGGCUUCAGCACACCAGAUGUCCAGAUAUACGAGGUCUCGUCACCAGAGGAUAGUACACCUGAGGCGAUCUCGCCGGAGGCCUCACAUCAGCCCUUACCCGAGAAGCAUACACCUCGUCGUGUCCCCGCUAAUGUCAUUCGAGAUAAUCAAUGGGCAGGACGUCAAGAACAGUAUCUUCCUCGAGAUCGGAACGCCAACACAUUGGAUCAGAACAAGCAUCCUUUCUUCACUAGCUACAUCGUCACAUCGUAUCCAACUUUCAAAGAAAGGGCUCUUAACAUGGAGUGCGAUUGGUCGCCAGUGGUUGAAAGAUGCGUGACAGGAAGAGGAGGUCGAGCAGGCAGGCCGCUGAAAUCGUGCUUCCUUAGGGACGUUGACCGGGUGUACACUGUCAUGGAUUGGGGACGGACUCAUUGGGUGGGACUCGUAAUCAAUCUACUGUGCGCGAGUAUUGAGAUAUACGACUCGUACACCCCCUUCGCCCCGUCAGACGCGGAAGUGGAUCAGCACAUGGAACCCCUGCUUGUAACAUUGCCAUGGGUUCUGAAGCGAUACCUCAAAGAUAAAUUCUCCGGGACCAUGUCUACAGCCCCGUACACUUGGACAAGACCCGACUCCAUCUACCAUAACGGUAGAAGUGGUGACUGCGGACCAUGUGCACUGAAAUAUCUAGAGAUGCAUGCCGCGGGGGAAGGGGUUGAGCAAAUGGCGAAACUGACAGAUGCUGACGUCGACGCAUUCCGCGCUAAGUACGCGAUGGACACAUACGAGGAGUUCAUAGGCAACCCGGAGGUGGCUAACGGAUGA